AUGCUCCACAUAUACUCGUGUCAGCAUAGUGACAUUGAUAGAAAGAAACUUUGGUUUCGAUCAAUCACCCAUCACUACAGUCAGAUCCUUGCAGCGACUUUUAGCUGUAAAGUUGUACCACUCAUUCCUUGCCCUUUCGCAGCUAUCCCAAAGUCAACCAGGCCAAAUUCAUCUCUAACAACUAAUCUCACCAUCAACAAACUUUUCACCCUCUACACUCUGACCAUGAAACUCGCAAGCAUAAUACUCUUCUCCUCCUCGCUUCUCGGCAUGGCAUCAGCAGGCUACCUGAUCAAGAGCGUGCCCGCAAGAGUUAUAUUGCGAGCAAAACCAAGGCACUCAAUCUUCGCAAAACGUGGGUGCGACAACAGUCAAUGCCCUCCACCCCCCGACCUGGGAUGUUUGACCUCGACCAGGCACUCCAUCGAGUGCGGCAAUGGCAACGACGACUGCUGGAUUAUUCCACGUGACUGUGCUUCGUUGUGCCGAUGCAUGUAUUAUAAUCCUUACAAUGACUUGCUGGAUUCUUGCGCUCGGGGUGUGCCGGGUACAGAUAGCUACAGUUGUCAUUGUGUUUUUGACUGCGCGCCUCUUGGCCCGAAAUCAGGAAAUGGGCAAUGCACGGCUUCCCAGGAUAUUUGCAAGCUACCUUAG